AUGUCGACUACCUGGAGUCGCUUCAGGGAGGUAUUCUUCGCACGAUACUUCCCCAUCGCCACCUUUGAGGUGAAUUCUGAGGAGUUCCUCCACUUGACUCAGGGAUGGAUGCUGAUACAGCAAUAUAUGGCUAGGUUCAUGGAGUUAUCUCGGUUUGCGCCUCACAUGGUUUCAGAUGAGCCGAAGAAGGCUCCAUCCAGUUUUGCGAGCAUUGACUAUCAUAGGAAGGAAGUAGUGUUUAGGCCUCUCGAGGAGCGGGAAUUUCUAUUUGUUGGCUUGUGUGUGCGUUCUGCACCACAAAUCCUCUCGGGGAUGCAAGCGAGACAGCUACUUCUGGAGGGUUGUCAAGGAUACCUGGUGAGUGUGAAAGAGUCACCUAAGGAGGGAUUGAAAUUGGAGGAUAUCCCGGUGAUAAGGGAUUUCUUUAAUGUCUUUCCUGAAAACUUGUCAGGGUUGCCUCCAGACAGGGAAGUGGAGUUUGCUAUUGAGUUAGCACCGAGGAUGACUCCAAUCUCCAAAGCGCCUUACAGGAUAGCUCCAGUUGAGUUGAAAGAGCUAAAGGAGCAGGUGUUCCACAAGUACUCGGAUAAAUUCGUGGUGGUGAUCAUCGGUGACAUCUUGGUGUAUUCUAAGAGUCUAGCAAAGCAUGAUGCUCGUCUUAGAGUAGUCCUUCAGAUACUUAAAGAGAAGGAACUAUUCGCUAAAUUUAAGAAAUGCAAAUUCUGGCUUGAGUAG